AUGUUCUUAUCCACAGGAACAACCAAACCUAUCACUUCAAGCUCACUGAUUUCGGGGUCUUUCCCCUCCAAUCUCGGAAACUCUCCGGAAAGCUUGCUGUUGGAAAAACACCAGAAUUCUCUCAGGGGAAGAAGCUCACUUGCAAAGCUGAUAACAGUUGUGAACACUGAUUGGUCUACUGAUGUAUUGGAUAUAGAGCAACUGGCAGGAAAAGAAGGUCAUGCAGAUAUGUUGAAGCUGACAGAGAUAGCUCUUGAGUGUACUGAUAUAGCACCGAAGAAUCAGCCCAAGAUGGGUCAGGUGUUGAGAAGGAUAGAAGAGAUUGAUGGAGUAAUUCAGGAGAGAGAAUGCGUGAAGAAUAAAAUGACUAGCAGCAUGAUGCUCUCAGGUCCAGUUUUCUCCUGGAAAAUUCAGAAAUGA